UCCGCCGCCAACGCGCUCGUGUACGGGCUCUUCGCCGUGGUAUGCGUGCUGGCGGGCGCAAUCAACAACCGCAUCGGGCUCAACUACGGGCUCGCGCUGGGCGCGAUCGGGUACCCGCUGUACGGCGCGGGCCUGUACACCAACAACAUCAGCGCCAACACGUGGUUCAUGCUGUUCGGCAGCGCGCUGUGCGGCAUCAGUGCGGGCUUCUUCUGGGCCGCCGAGGCCGCCAUCAUCAUCGGGUACCCGUCGCCCGGCGACCGCGCCUUCUACCUCGCCAUCUGGCAGUCCGCAAAGGCCGCGGGGCCCAUCGUCGGCGGCGCCAUCAACCUCGGGCUCAACGCGGGCCGCAGCACCAGCGGCUCCGUGUCGUCGUCGACGUACAUCGUCUUCAUCGUGAUCAUGUGCCUGGGGCUGCCGAUCGCGCUGUGCCUGUCGCCCGCGCACAAGGUGUGGCGCAAAGACGGCACGCUGAUCGUAACAUCGCGUGCGGCGUCGUGGGCGCAGGAGUUCCGCGCCGUGGGCCGCCUGUUCGUCAGCCGCCGCAUCCUGCUGCUGCUGCCGGCCUUCUUCAUCAGCUACUUCUACAACGGCUUCGUCAGCACGUGGCUGACGACGUACUUCACGGUGCGCGCGCGCGCGUUCAGCUCCUUCUUCACCAACUUCGCGGGCAUCUUCAGCUCCUUCAUCAUCGCCGCGCUGCUGGACAGCCAGAAGCUGCACAUCAAGCUGCGCGCCAAGAUUGCCUUCAUCUGCAUAGUGACGAUCUUGAUUGGUACCUGGAUCUGGGCGACGGUGCUGCAGCACCGGUUCUACAGCGCCGACACGCCGCCCGUGUUCGACUGGUUCACCGGCGGCUUCGGGAGCGCGUAUGCGCUCGUGUUCUUCUGGCAGUUCGGCGGCCAGGCGUUCCAGCAGUUCUUGUACUGGCUGGUUGGCCAGUACGCGACCGACCUGUCGAAUUUGUCGCACCACACGGGGAUUCUGAGGGGCGUGGAGGCGCUGGGGCAGACGGUGGCGUGGGCGAUGCAGAGCGAGGGCAACGCGAACCAUUUCGUGUCGAUUGGGAUCAACUUUGGGUUCAUGGUGCUGUGUGUGGUGCCGACGUGGAUUGUGCUGUCGGAGUUGGAGGGCAGUCAUGAGACGGUCGUUACGGAGGAGGAGGUGAACAAUAAGCUGGCUGGAGGUGCUUGAGUGUUUUGGAUGUGUAGUUGUGUUGUUUAGUGUGCAAGAUACCCA